AUGUCAUUGCCGUCGACAAUACCCAGCAGGCCCGUUGUCGAGCUGUUGCGCAGCCAGGUCGAGCUCAACAUGGUCUGUUCCGAGUCACGGCGGUACUUUCUGCCCCGGGCGAGCUUGAAUGCCAUCUUCACUUCUUCUGCAGUCGAGAAAGCCGUGGCGGAGAUGUCCUGUCCUGAGCACCAACGGAUCGGCUUGUCGAAAGACGUUUUCACCGACGGACGUCGCCUGUUCGCGGCACUCAUCCGCAUGCGGAUGGAGAACCUCAUCGUUCAUUUUCGCAACUGCGGCACCCUGGAUGACCGUCUCCCCCUAACAGGAGAACAGGUCAGGAAAGUCAUCGCUAGUGCCAACUACGCUGGCGACGCCGAGAUCACUGGGACUGGCGCACUACUCGAGAUGCAGUGGUCUGUGUUGCCGUAUGUCUUUCCGUCGAACAUGUCUGAGCAUCACCGCAAUAUCGAUGAGAACGUCAUCUUGCCAUUUGUCGGUGAGAUCGAGCAUAUAGCCUCGGGCGGAUACGGAGACGUAGACCAGGUUGCGAUCCUGGCUUCUCAGCAAGAGUUGCUGGCGGUAAGAGACCAGGUUAGUUCUCAUUAUCUAUUAUGUAUCAGAGUUCCUUUGAUUACCGUGCUAAAACACUCACGCGGAAUGAAGAGCGAGAAGGUGCACGUGGUCCGAAAGAAACUGCGACCUGCCCGCUCAAGGGAAGAGUACGACAGGGUCUAUCUGCGGGAGCAGACAUGCCUUCGACUACUGAACCAACUACGACAUCCGAAUAUCAUCAGGCUGCUUGGCUCCUACACCCACCAGAAACAGCACUACUUCCUGUUCCCUUUCAUAGAAACAAACCUCCAAAAGUUCCUCCAGAGAGAGGAGCGCUUAGGUAAAUUUGAGCACGACUUCACGUUCUUCGCUGCCCUGCGGGGUCUGGCUUCUGCCCUUUCCCACGCCCAUGCUCUCCGUCUCCGGCAAGAUCAGCAUGGUCUUGAUUUCGAGGCGGUCGGGUACCACCACGACCUCCGACCCGCCAACGUGUUGGUCAGCGGCGAGACCUUCCUACUGGCCGACUUCGGCCUCGGCAACCUCAAAUCUAUAGAGAUGCAGUCGCAGACCCCCUGGAAGCCCACGACGGGGGACUAUCUGGCCCCGGAAUGUAUGGACGACAAGAACCGCAUACAACACGUGGCACGGCCCAUAGACACAUGGGCAUUCGGAUGUCUGAUGGCAGAUGUCGUAACGUACAUGCACAAAGGGGCGAGCGGGGUCAGGGAGUUCAGCGACAAGCGGCUCGCUCCGGGCAGAGUCUCGCAUUGGGAAGAGAGUGUCUUCUACGAUAAUGACGGGAAUCUGAAGGAAGUUGUCGUCAGUUGGCUGCGAGAUCUGACUGGUUCACACCGUCAAGGUUAUGAUAAAGAUCCCCAGAACUCGCUGUCGGCAGCACUUGUCGCGCUCUGCUUGAAGACAUUGGUCCAAGUGCCGAGUGAAAGGCCAACCAUGGAUCAUGUCUGUCGACAUCUGACAGGGCUUAGCUUCAGAGCCCACUUUGAAGCAGUCAGAGACAAGUUUGGCGAGAUCUCAAGCGCCAGAAGAGACAGUGCACUUCAGCGCCAUAGUUUGAACCUCUGGAUGCCAGAGACCCGGUUCUCGGCUUUGGGCCGUGCCUUGUCCAUUGACCAUGCUGGCAUGGAAGAAGUCCGCAUCGGCUUUCUGGACGCUGUGUAUGAGUCCUCUAUCAGGCUCAUGUCUGCCAUGUUCCACACACUGGGCCAGAUUCUGUUGCUUGUCGCCCAGCCCGGAGGCGCUUGCACAACGUCUGAUACCGAAUUCGACCGCGGCUUGAGGGCCACAUUAUGUGACAAGGUCAACGAGGAUCUGUCGGACCUCUGGGAUGGCUUACCGUCUCACAUUCAAACGAAAGCGGAGGACUACUGGCGCCAGGAUCUGUUGAGAACAGAGAGUGAAGACGACUUGCUAGAGAUACAUAAGGCUCUGCAACGGACUGAGCAGCCAAUGAUAGAGGCAACAAGGGCCUUGGCUUGGAUGAAGAAGAUCCAGCUCGAAUUAGCGAGGGCCGAGAAUCUAGAAGGCGGCGAGGGCGAGGAUGGUCAAGAUAAGAGUACAUGGGUUGUGCCGGCCAGCGACGUUCAUAUCCGACCUGCACUAUCGAGUGAUCGGUAUCCGCAUACAAUCGGCACCUUCAGAGGAUCUGCAGUGUUGGUGGAGUGGAUGUGGUACAAACCCUCGUGGGAGAGGCUGGAUCCGUCUCAGCGCAGCCUUGUGAUGAACCUCCGGGCCGAGAGCCUGGGAAACAGCGAUCGACGGUCGCCAGGGCUGUCGGCAUUGAAGUGCCUCGGCUUCUUUGAGAAAGUCGCUCCUGCACCAGGAAGUAGUGGUGGCAGGUUCGGAUACGGCUUCGUGUACAAGAUCCCGCCACGCAUGGGCUCUCCGCCGCUCACGCUGCUCCAGCUCCUCUUGGCUGGCAUGCAAAAGCAGCAAGGGGCAUCUCAGGACUACGAGCAACCGCUCUUGGGGCAAAAAUUCAAGCUCGCAUUCGCCCUCGUCGAGUUCAUGAUGGAGUUUCACACAAUUGGCUGGCUGCACGGGAACUUCAACUCCAACAACAUCCUGCUGCAGAGAAGCGAACCUGCCGGUGAAGAGGGCGAUGGCGACAACAAGGCACAGCCUCUCGACCAGCCACCCACGCCGAUGCGGCCCUUCGUGGUCGGCCUCCACAAGAGCCGGCCGGACGGCAGCCGGUGGGAGACCGAGGGGCCCGGCACGGACGGCGACCCGGAGGAGUACCAGCACCCGGAGUACCGCCGGACAGGCCGGUAUCGGCAGACGUACGACUACUACGGGCUGGGCGUGGUGCUGCUCGAGAUCGGUCUGUGGCGCCCGCUCGAGCGCGGCCUGCUCGCGAGCGACCGCUUCCGGACCACCGGAGCAGCGGAGAUCCGGAACGAGCUGGUGAAGCUCGGCGAGAAGCGGCUGGGUGCCCGGAUGGGCCGGGUGUACCGGGACGUGGUGGUCUGUUGUCUCUCUGGGCGCGGAUUUGACGAGGAUAAAGACGCGGGGGAUUCAUCUAAGAGCCGGACGGUGACGCUUGGGCGGUUUAUUGAUGCUGUUGUUGAGCCUUUGAGGGGACUGGCUGCGAGUGGUGUUUGA